UGCCGGACGGCGGCAGACACGCCGGACUGUCGGCGCGCAAGAUGAGCGACGCAGACCCGGUCUCCGGAGGGACGUGAAGUUCUGAGCAAUUAAAGAAAGUUAUGAAGAAGAACAAAACAAUCCAAACCAAGAGGCGUUAGGAACUUCAGUGGCUGAAGCGGAGGGAUCUAUUAAAGGACGCGGUGCGCGUGGCCAGACUCGAGAGACUCCCUCACCGGACUGCCAGCUGGAGCGAUGGCGGCUCCGCGGCCCAUUAAAGGGAUCCUGAAGAACAAAACCAGGGCGGCCAAAGUCCCGCCGCCUCCGGCAGAGGUCCCGGAGGAGAAUCCGGACCGGGCGGCUCCUCCCGGGCUUCUCGACGACGACCAACAGAAGAAGUCCCAGAAGUGGGACGAGAUGAACAUCCUGGCCACGUACCACCCGGCAGACAAGGACUACGGCCUGAUGAAGAUCGACGAGCCCAGCACACCUUACAACAGGAUGCUGGGGGAUGAGGACGAUGAAGGAGUGCUAAGUGACUCAGACGGCCACGCUGUACUCACAGCGGACAGCCUGGCCUCCAAGCUUGCAGCAGCAGAAGGCUCAGAGCCUCGCUAUGAGGAGGAGGAGGAAGAGGAGAGCAGUGAAGAGGAGGAAGAGCUAACUCCUGAAGAACAAGCCAAGAAGAAGCAGUUCCAGAUGAUGAGGAAGAUGCAUUACAACGAGGGCCUGAACAUCAAGCUGGCCCGCCAGCUCAUCGCCAGCGAGCUGGAUGAGGAAGACGAAGACGAAGACGAGGAGAUGAGGGACGACUCAGAGGAGGCGAGUGAACAAGUGAGGGAGGAGGGGGAGGAAACGGAGGACAUCAGUGUGGACCCGCCGCAGGAGGCUGACUCUCUGGACUCUUAGAGAAGGUUCCUCGCCGCCUGCUGUGUGUUCACGGUGUGUCUCGGCUCAUGUGUCCUCCAGACAGACAGAUGGCGCUGCUGCUCCCUGUGUUCCUGUGCUGAACCAUAAAGCAGACACCACCUCACCACCCAUAGCAGCUUCCUCAGUAUAACAGCCAGUAACUCCCCCCCCCCCUGCUCACCGGUGUGUGUCUGUUGCUCCUGCAGACAGCAAUACAACCCUCCCACAUAACUCUAGAAAUGUUCUUCAGCUACUUUUCACUCCCACAAGUGUUGCGGCACAAAAACAAAAGAUUUGCAGACCCCGUCGGUGUCCUCCUUUGUUGCCAAGACCCCCCCCCCUUUCUCCUCCUCCUCCUCCUUUACCAAACCGUCGACGCUACAAGGAAUUUACAAAUCUUAUUCCGGAAGGAAGAUUUACAGACCCCCCCCCUCCCCCAAGACUGUCAAAAAACAGACCAAUCAGCCGGGGCUCUCCUCCUCCUCCUCCUCCUCCUCCUCCUCCUUCUUCUUCUUCUUCUUCUUCUCUUCUCACCUCUCUCGGUCUGUUCGUCUGUCUCGUGGCUUUUCAGAAGCUGGUGGAAAACCUCCACAGAGGCCUCCCCGUUUAGGACAGAGAGGCUGCUGGGUAAAGGGGGCGAGGUUCACAUGUGUUUUGUUUUUUUAUUAUUAUUAUGAUGGCUACUUCCUGCUCCACCGCUCCCAGUCAGCACCUUUUUGUGAAAGAAGUGUGAAGUCCUGAAAAGUGAAGCGGGCGGUUUGUUUCUGGGCAUCGCCCGGUUUCAUGUGACGAGGGUGGAGGGCCCGCGUGGUGUGAGCGGUGCCGGAGGGAGGAGAUUUGUUCUGAGGAGUCGGACCGAACAGUGUGAUGGUAUUAGUACUCGCUGUAGAUCAUAUCAGAAUUUUACCCACCGACAUAUAGCCGACACGACCUGAACUCCACCCAGGAGCUUUAGAAAAGGAUCUGCUUCCUGCAACUGACAGCUGACGAUGUAUUUACCGCUUCUGGAUAGCUAUUGAUAGUUUGGCUUCAUGGCGAGGCUCAAGUUAUAUAACGUGGCCGAAUAGUAAACCGUGACAUGCCUGGGCUGCUCUCUCGGUGUGAACGAGGUUCGAGUCGCCUUGCUUAUCGGCCAACGCACACAAACACACACACAGCACCACCACACCACCUCUUACAUCCUUCUUGCAGAUGCAUAAAAUGAUUCCUCAAAUCAGGUGGAGUUGCUCCCAGUCGCCCUCCGCCGUGCACUUCCCCCCCAGUGCUGUAGGUGGUGCAAGACAUCGUCUCUGAUGCAGACAGGGUGGGCUGACUUGUGGGUAAAGUGCCCUGUGUGUUUUGUGUUCGUAGACCGGACCGAGCCAGAUGGCAGGUCUCGAGCAGCGCCGACGCUCUGCUGGGCCGACGCGCUUUCACUCGGAGACGGCGGGAGAGGCCGUGUCGACGUCACGGGUGGCAGCGAUGGCAUAUGCUACUGAUAACCAGGACGAUGUCCUGGACAGACGGGCGGCUCCUGUCUGACUUAACGGUUCCCAGCUCCUGCUCCGGUGUCCAGACACACGGACCGGGUGGAGCGACUUCCUGUGCCAGAGUUGUGUUUCAUGAGGGUGUUUCGGUUCAUCCCUCUCAGAUGUUUUGGAGAAACAACCUUGUCGGUAUUCCAUGCUCAAGUCUGCAUGGAAUACUGUCGGUUUCCCGUGCAGACUGAAGCACACAGUGGCGGGGAGUGGUAAUGCAGCACUUUUAGAUUUUUUUUUUUCCUUUUUGAGAACUUUUAUUUUCAGAAAACAUUUUUGUAAAUGAAAGGCAAGCUGAAAUUAUUGGUUGAGUUCUUUGGACUCUGACGGGUGUGGAGGGCACACCAGGACACGGGGUGGCUGAUGGGUAAUAGGAGGGGUGCCUGGCUGACAGUGCCUGUUCUGUGCCAAGCCAACCUUAUCGAGAGAGAGAGAGAGCGUGACACAGGUGCGGCUACACACACACACACACACACACACACACACACACACACACACACAGACACACACAGACACACACACACACACACACACACACUAUCACUUUUAGGUUUUAGCCGGCCUGGCGAACGCCUCACCUCUGUCCAUCCAAACUAUAGAACCCAGUGAAGGAGGGAAACUAACUGGACCGUCAGUGUGAGUCACUGACUCUUUCUGUCAUAUAUUUUAUUAAAAGCCAGAGGUGGGCAAAUUUCCUGUUGGGCAGCAGUGGCGGCUGGCCAGUAGAGGGCGCUGGGGCACCGCCCCCUUCAAAUACCAAGAGAUGAAAUCUACUUAUACAUGUUAAAUAUAAUUUAGUUGUAUAAUGCAAAUGAUUAUGAAAUAAAAUUGUUUUUGAUCUAAUGUGACUGGACAAUUCUCGUGGCUGUCAAUCAUGUCAACCAUAACGCCUCGACUCAACUGUCAGUCAUCCACCAUCUACGAGCCCUGAUAAAAUCUAUAGGCUACACUGUCCUUAUUAACGCUGUGACUGUGUGGACACUAAAGCAGCUGUCAGGUGUGCUGCGCCAAGCUAAAUUGCGCCCCCCCCCCCAAAUCUGUGGCACCAGCCGCCACUGUCGAGCAGCAGGUCAGGUUUAGUCUCUUCAUCAAGGUUUCUUUGGCAGUUUUUGGAAGUGCAGAAAUCGAAGCAACCACCUCCAGUUGGAAAUGACCUCACAAAGCCAUUCGGCCAUUGCCCCACUGUAGUCCAAAAACGACGUUUGGGAAAACCCACUCAAUUACUGGUGACCCACCCGCUCAGGUGUCCGAAAGACUGGAACAACUUGAUUCCACCAAGUCCAUCCGGUUACGUCUGUUGAAGUGUCUGGAACAAAGGAGCUGGGAAAUGUUUAGAAGAAGAGCCGUUUUAUCAAUGCUACUGAAGUCAGUCCCUGCUCUUUGUAUUUAUGGGGAUUUUAUGUCAAAUAGCAGUUGUAGAAAGUGUUGAAAUCAACCUGAUCAUUACCAGCGUUUAAAAAUUGAGGAU